CUAGAUUAAAUUCUGCCAAAUAUGUUGUGACUUCACAGAGUCUAGCUAGCUCGUUAGAACAGGAUGCCUCCAUUUCUGUUGGAAUUCAUUAAGAGAAAAAGUAUGGCCAAAAAGAGGAAAAGAAGACACAAAAAAAGAAUAUUGAAGGGGAAAUACCAUGCGGACUGGUCAAGCCUCCCUCAAGAUAUUAAUGAAAUGAUUGUUGACAAACUGUGUUUAGUUGAUCGCUUAUCCCUUAGUAAAACUUGCAGAAGCUGGAAUGCUUUUCUUGGUGAAGACCUUCCUGGUUGGCAAACCCAUGGACUUCCUUGGCUUCUAGUGUCAGGUGAGCAGUGUAAAGAAGAUAGAACUUGUAUUAGCAUACUAGAUAACCGUGUUUGGGAAUUGAAGUUGUCAGAAGCAUAUGACAAGUAUUGUUGGGGAUCAUUUCAGGAGUGGCUAAUUAUGGUAAAAGAAAUGAACAGUUUCAUUCUUGAAAUUAUGUUGUUGAAUCCUUUUACAAGAAGCCAAAUUACUCUGCCUCCAAUAUGGAACUUUUACCACAAGAUAGUGCUAUCUGGGCGUCCCUUUGAGAAUGACUUUAUGUGUAUGCUUCUACAUAGCCAGCAUAGGGAGCUGGCUUUUUAUAUGCCACGAAUACAAUCAUGGCUUAAACAUAAAAUGACGGGUGAACCAUUUGAAGAUGCUGUAUUUUGUAAAGGAAGUUUUUUUCUCUUAGAUGGAAGUUAUAACAUAUGGCAAAUUGAUACUAAAAGUAUCUGCUCUAGCGCUAGUAAAGGUGAUGUUCAUUUUGGAACAUUGCCUGAACUAGAAAUACAUUUUCAUGAAAUGAAAAUGCUAGAUAUGAUGCAGUUGAAUGUUGUAAUAUUGGAGAGGAAUGAUGAGCAUCGCAUUUUAAGAUAUCUUGUGGAAUCUUGUGGGGAGGUUUUGCUUGUUUGUAGAUAUUUUCACCCAAAACAAGAUCUAGUGCUUGAGACACAAAAAUUUGAGGUAUUUUCGUUGGAUCUUUGUCAAUCAUCUUGGAAGAAGGUUGAGGAUUUGAAGGAUCGGAUGCUAUUCAUAGGAAAAUGUUGUUCAUCAUCAUUCUCCAUUGAGGAACUUGGAGUUGGGAUUAGCAACAGCAUAUAUUUUACCAAUGAUCAGGCUGCACCUUGGUGGAAUGAGUGGGAUUCGAACCAUUUGAAAGAUAUAUCAACUCGUCUAGGAUUAGUCAAGAAUGUUGGUAGAGAUUGGGGUAAUUUCAAACUCGGAAAUGAAGAUGGUGAGCCUUUUAGCUUUCGGGGAGACAUAGAGAAAUGGUCGUAUACUUGGUUUACUGCUCCCAUAUGGUGGUACUGCAAGAACGUUCCACCUAUUGAAAGUAUUUAAGGGUCAGUUUGUUUGAAGUGAAGGGAAAAAAAGAAGAAGAAGAAGAAAUUUUAGUUAAGUCUAACACUUAAAUUGUUGGAAAAAAUCAAGCUAAUCAUGAAGGUUUUGUUGGCUGGUGGGCAAGCCAGCGUGUAAAUAUAUCCUUGGUGGAGAACAUGGCUUGUCUUGUGGACUGCAUGUUUUAGCUCUGACUA